AUGGCCGGUGGUGAUGUGAAGGAAGGCACCAGCUCGUCGCGUACGGUCGUGGUGGAGCGCGGUUUUGGUGGCAUCGAGAUCCCGAAGCUGACGAAGACGAACUACCGUGAGUGGGCACUUGAAGUGCAGUGCAACUUGGAGGGCAUGGAGCUUUGGGAUGCCGUGGAGGGCGGCAGCGCUGAGCGCGGCAAGGAUCGACGGGCACUGGCUGUCAUUCUACGCGGUGUGCCACCGGAGAUGAAGUCUGGGCUCGUCGCGAAGAAGACGGUCAAGGAGGCUUGGGAGGCGAUCAAGUCGUUGCGCGUGGGAGACACGUGUGUGCAGGAAGCCAAGGCGCAGCACCUCCUCAAGCAGUUCGAGAACGCGGCGUUCAAGGACGGCGAGGCGAUCGACGACUUCGCCGUGAGGAUCGGCUCCAUCGCCGCGGAGCUGCACGGGUUGGGGGAGGACAUGGAGGACGAGCGCGUCAUCAAGAAGAUGCUGCGGGUUGUGCCAUCGAGGUUCAACCAAAUUGCAUGCUCCAUCGAGAUGUUCGCCAACUUCAAGAAGAUGUCGCUGGAGGAACUCGUCGACAGGCUGCGCGUGGUGGAGGAGCGUUGCGGCGGCGUCGAGCUUGGAGGUGAGCGCACCGGGCAGCUGCUUCUCACGGAGGAGCAGUGGGAGGCACGUCGUCGUCAGCGACGCAACAAGGACCGCGCACGUCCGGGCGAUGCGCAGAACGGCCGUGGUUGUGGCCGCGGCGGCGACAACGAUGAUGAUAGGAGCAACAGCACCUACUCUGAGUACGGUGAGGGCAAGUCAAAGAACAAGAAAGGCAAGUGCUACAACUGCGGCAUGCGAGGACAUUUCUCCCAUGAAUGUCCAAAGAAGAAGCAGGAAGAGGCGCUGCUUGCGAAGGCCGAUAACGAAACAACCCUUAUGUGA